GAGAAAGGGUAGAAUUAAAAAAGUGUGUGAGCAACACAACACAACACAACACAACACAACACUCACAUUCUCUCUGCUGCAUUAUCACAAACACCUCAAACUCUCUAUCUCACAACAAUGCAGCUAUCAAUGGCUUCCCAGAUUCUCGCAUCACCUUCACCACUCACUUCUCACUCUCUUCUCCGAACAUCUUUCUCCGGCGUCUCUCUCAAGCUUUCUCCUCAAUUCUCAACUCUUUCAUCUUCCAAUUUCAAGCCUCUUACUGUCGUUGCUGCUGCCAAGAAAGCCGUCGCUGUUCUUAAGGGUACUUCCACCGUUGAAGGUGUCGUCACUCUCACUCAAGAAAACGAAGGUCCAACAACAGUUAAUGUUCGAAUCACCGGCCUUACUCCAGGGCUUCAUGGUUUUCACCUACAUGAGUAUGGUGAUACCACAAAUGGGUGUAUCUCAACAGGACCACAUUUUAAUCCUAAUCAGUUGACACAUGGUGCUCCUGAAGAUGAAAUCCGUCAUGCGGGUGACCUGGGAAACAUAGUUGCUGAUGCCAAUGGAGUUGCAGAGGCAACAAUCGUUGACAAUCAGAUACCACUCACUGGCCCCAAUUCAGUUGUUGGGAGAGCCUUAGUGGUCCACGAGCUUGAAGAUGACCUCGGAAAGGGUGGACAUGAACUUAGUUUGAGCACUGGAAAUGCUGGUGGAAGAUUAGCUUGUGGUGUUGUUGGCUUGACUCCAGUAUAAAUUCUAUGAAUGCUUUUUGUAUCAUCCUUGUUAUUUUACCUGGUGUUUGAUUUCAUCAGUUACCCUUGUUUUAUGAAGCUUGAUAUUAAUUACCAUUCAGAAAUUAAUCACCCCCUGUGAAGCUUGAUGGCUACUAUUAUUUGCUUUCUUCAAUUAGCAAUGUAAACUAUAAAGCUUAAUGUCCUCGAUGAGUAUGUAAACAGAUCAUGAAAACACAGCAGUCCGUCACUAGAGAAAUUCAUCAUGCAGUCAGGUGUGUGUUUCCUCCCGAAUAAAGUUUAAUUUCUGAUGUA